GCGGCGGGCGGGCUCUGCUCCCCGCUCCCGCCCGGCCGGGCUGGGCGGGGCAGGCGCCUCCUUCCUGUUUCCGCUCGGAAUCCCGGAGCCCUCCAGGGCCGCGGCAGCUCGGCUCGCCCUUCCGCCGCUCGGCAGGCCCGGAGGGUGCCCGGGGCCGCAGGGUUUUCCCAAUAGCAAAACAGAAAAGAUGUUCGAUAUUAAGGCUUGGGCUGAGUACAUCGUGGAGUGGGCUGCCAAGGACCCCUAUGGCUUUCUCACAACUGUGAUCUUGGCCCUCACGCCGCUGUUUGUAAUUAGUGCAGCGCUGUCAUGGAAGCUUGCAAAAAUGAUUGAGGCCAGGGAACGAGAGCAAAAGAAGAAACAGAAACGCCAGGAGAACAUUGCAAAAGCCAAACGAACAAAGAAGGAUUAAAUGGGCAAAAAUGGCCUUCCUUGUGCAAAUAAUCCACUUUUUAAAUGAAAUACUUCUACAUUUUGUGUUGUAACUGUCCUUUGAUACUUGAUCCUGUUAUUUCUUGAAGUAUGAAAUUUAAUACUUCCAGUGUAUUUUUUUUCCUGCUGAUUUGUGUUAAAAUUUGCCCAAGUGACACUUGUUAGAGUCACUAUAUUUACUACUUGUAUUCUAGUGGAGAUUGCUUUUCUAAAUUCGCAUGUUAAAUUAAAAAAUUAACCUGUUGGGUGGCUCUGGAGGUAGAUUUUUUUUUUUUUCUCUUAGCCAAGCUAUGACUUAACAAGUGUCUUAAAAUUGUCAAAUGUAGGGGAAAAUGUGAAUAAACUGGAUUACAGAAAUGUAAGUUUUGGCAUACCUUGAGAAGAGCUGUAGAGACAAGCUAGCUGUAGCAUUAGAUAGCAGACAUGACUGAUUUUUUUUAAGGUCACUGCAUAUGGCUAUGUGCGCCCAUAGUGGCUGCUGCAGUGUCUUUGAUGGUGGUACUUGUCUGCAGAAAUAAUGUACCUGAGCUUUUCCUGUUUCCUGAACUACCAGCCAUCAACAGCCUUUAACUUCAGCCCAGGUUCUAGGAAACGGAUUGCUUGUUCUUAUUAGCUUCAUUUCUCUUAAGGCACUCACGUUCUAUAAAAUGCAGUACUAUGUUGUUUGGUCUUCCCUAACAAUCACCUGAACACUCCACCUGUAACAGAUUUGUUUUUACCUUCAUAAAGUCUUUAUGCCUCAAAGAAUAGCAUAAAUGGAGUGAGACCAAAGACCCAGGUGGCCUAGUGUUUUUCCCCAGAGACCUACAGCAGAUGGCUGUGCAAGGAUGAUGCACAAGCUGGUGACAGUAGUUCUGCUUGCUAACCUUCUGGCUACCUUUAAGACUGGAGUUUAGGUGGGAUUUUUGUUGUUACGGCCCUUGAAACUUGGCUGCCUUACAGGUUGCAAGAUGCUGAAAUAGUUAAAGAAGUCAGGUUUGUGUUGCAAAUGCAUCAAAAUUAUUUAACCUUAUUUCCAAUUCAUCUCUUCUUAACAGAACGGAUUAAUUUUUCAAAGCCUAAUUUCUAAUAAUAGUCUGUGGUGGCCGAGCUCGUAGCAGUCAUUAAAAUUUUACAUUUUGCGUAUUUCUGAACAGCAGCACGGAGUUGUGCAUUCUAGCAGCUACUCUUUGAUCAGGUUUAAAAAUAAAACCUUAAUACCAUUGUUCAAAUGAAGAGAGACCUAUAGAGCUGGCUGACACCAAGGGGGAUCAGAAGUGGGGAGUCUAACUGAAAUUACUUUAAGUAAAUGUGAAGUUGAUCCCAUUUCAAUUUUGUUGGUGAAAGCUAGCAUUAUUAGAAUACGACAUUUGGGCAUUUUAUAAGUAUGUGAGAUUAAGUCUCCAUGUUUUGUAUGAAGUGUUGUCAAAUAUGUAUGUGUUCCACCUUUGAUACCUACAUAGCUUGAAACACAGGGAGGAGAACUGAUGAGGGAUACACUCCGUAAAUAAAUUUGAUACUUUUUGAAAAAAA